GUAUGUUUAGACUUCCUUUUUAGGUAGACAGACAGUCUAAAAGUCAUAUUCACUUUCCACCAGAUGCUCUGCGGAGGCUUUAUACAACUUGGGUGUGUGUUCAUCACAUCAGAGGAUUCUGGAUCAGUUGAGAAUUGAUUUCAACUUGGUCAAUACUUUGUGUUCAUCACUUCAGAGGAUUCUGGAUCAGUUGAGAUUUUAAUUUUGUCAGUCUUUUGUGUUCAUUAGGUCAGAGGAUUCUGGCUCAGUUGACAGUUGGAUCAGGUCAAAUACAAGUGUCAAAUCUGCACACUAGAGAAGACAGCCUUGACCAACACUAGAGAAGACAGCCUUGGCCAACACUAGAGAAGACAGCCUUGACCAACACUAGAGAAGACAGCCUUGACCAAUCUUGGCGACUUAUUUAAUUCUUAUUUGUUUUUUCAUUUCAUUUGAGUGGAGUUUUUCAACUUUUGUCAGGUUCAUUUGUUGGCUCAGAUCAGUCAUGGAUGGAGGUUCACUUUCAGCAGCAUCAUCAUCAUCAUCGUCUGAGCAGGAGGCAGAUUCUUCACCCUACAGCGUCAGUGCUCUCCUACAGAACCCAGAGGAAAAUGGGGCUAUAGAGGAAUCAAGGACGAAGGUGGUGGAGGAUGAGAUAGUCCCUGCUGGUGAGAGGUUGUUGUCCGGGGAGGACCAGGGGUCUCUGAUCACUGACAGUAUGUCAGUCACCUCAGCUGACCAGGAGAAACUACUACUGCUCAACAGGAACACUGAGCUACGCAGAGUCAACAAAGAGUUGAUGAAGCUGAAUGAAGACUGGGACCAUGUGUAUCGCAGCACAACUCUGAGUCUCCAACAGAGAGUCGAGACUCUGGAGCAGGAGAGCAACACAGUCAAACAACUCAACAAUACGCUGCUGCUCAAAGUAGAUCACGAACAGAACAAGAGGGAGUACUAUGAACACACACUGAUGCAGGAGUUGAAGAAGAACCAGCAGCUACAUGAAUACGUCAGAUUGCUGGAGAAUAGACAACAUCACACAGACACCACCAGAGACUGGACAAAGAGCACACAGACCAGUUUGAGCACUGUGACCCAUCUUCCAGAAACCUCCUCCAUCUCUGACGCUCCUGGGGGGUCGAAUCUGUCCCCCAGCCUCAGCCAUGGCACCAUACGCGGCCUCUCCUCCUCUUCCGGCCAUUGCCCACCAUCCCAUCUCUUCUCCUCCUCCAACCCAAGUAGAGGGGCCCUGAGUAGUGGUAGAAUCAGUAUUGGCCCCUACAGGGCACUAGAGGACCAGGCAAACCCCCAGAAAGAGGUGCAAGACCUAAAGGAGCAGCUGGAGGCCCUCAGAUGCCAGACUGAGAUCUAUGAAGCAGACUACCAGACGGAGCACAAGGACCACAAACACACCCAGCAGGAGAACAAGAGACUGAGGAGGACAAGAGAGGAGAUGAGACAACAGAUGGCCCUACUACAGGAGCAGCUCAAGAUAUAUGAGGAUGACUUUAGGAAGGAGCGAUCAGACAAGCAGGUCCUGCAGCGUCUACUGAUGAAGAAAAGUCCCGCUCUGGUCAAACAGCCUGUCCUGGUCCACCGCUGUAAUAAUGAGCAGCAGCCAGCAGGGGGAGACAGGAGGCGGCAGAGAGAGGAGCAGAGAGAUGCUCACACCAGUACACCCCAGCCAGACCACCACCCGCUGUGCCCCAAACACUUUGAGAGGAGGAACACUGAAGAGUCCACAUGAGGCAGACGACACACAAACAUGCUCACACACAUUGAACUUGUAUUACGAUGUUGGUAUUACCACUAACACGUUGAGGACUAGCCUACUCCAGUCCUGAGUGACUGUGUCUAUCUGACAAUGAAAUGAUUUGUAUCUAUUAUCUUUCUCUCAAAUUGUAUGAACCUUAUGUUAUUUCCUAAUUCUGCCGAUAAUGUUGAUUAUCGACAAAGGGACUGAGUGAUUUUCCAGUUGUCUCUGCCUCCUACUUAGAUAACAUGGUCAACAUUACCACCUAGUGGUUUUCUUAAUCCUACAUAAUGUCAUGCUUUUUGAUGCAGUUGUUGAGACAUCUCUGUAAAAGCCACAGUGAAUUCAACUAAUUAAAUACACCCCUUGAUUUCAAAUAACACCAGGAUGUCCUUAAAUACAAGUGAUCAACUUCAGAUGUUGUCAUUUUCUUAAAACAAAUAUAACAAAUGUAUAAAAACUAUGAAA